UUAUUACCUGGCCACUCCACUCCGCUCCGCGAGAGUCCAGCUCCGGGGUUUCCAACAGAGAGGCGCAGGAGCUGAGGGCUCCCUCACCACGGAGCUCCGCAACAAGUGCUCGGAGGGGAAACAGAGCUGCGAACAUCUGAAACCGGACAAACACGGCCAGGCAGCCCGGGUGGAUGAGCGCUCAGAGAUGCAAGCCGCGCUGUUAAUGCUCCUCUGCGGCCUGACUGCCACAGUUGGCCAGGAACCAGACCAAGCCUAUGGCUGUGCCCAAGGCAGCUGUUAUCCAGCAACUGGGGACUUGUUGGUUGGAAGGGAAAAAAACUUGAAGGCCUCGUCCACUUGUGGCAUGAGAAAGAAAGAGCGGUAUUGCAUCGUCAGUCACCUGCAGGAUGAGAAGAAAUGUUUUGAGUGUGACUCCAGACGACCAUACGACCCAGUCUACAACACCAUUAAUCACCGGAUAGAGAAUGUUAUCACCACCUUCAAACCACAUCGGAAAAAGUCCUGGUGGCAGUCAGAGAACGGAAAGUCAAAUGUUUUUAUUGAGCUGGAUCUUGAGGCAGAGUUUCAUUUUACUCAUCUGAUUAUGACAUUUAAGACUUUCCGCCCUGCUGCCAUGCUUAUUGAGCGAUCAGCAGAUUUUGGUCGAACCUGGCAGAUCUAUCGCUACUUUGCUCAUGACUGUGCUGUUUUUUUCCCUGGAGUCUCUACGGGUCCUUUGCAAAACAUCAACGAUGUGAUCUGUGAAUCCCGUUACUCUGACCUGGAGCCAUCGACAGAGGGCGAGGUCAUCUACAGAGUCUUGGAUCCAGCUAUCAAGAUUGAGGACCCAUACAGCCCCAACAUUCAGAACCAACUGAAGAUCACCAACUUAAGACUGAACUUCACCAAACUUCACACACUUGGAGACACCCUGGUGGACAACAGAGCUGAAAUUAGGGAGAAAUACUACUACGCCAUAUACGAACUUGUUGUACGUGGAAACUGCUUUUGCUAUGGCCACGCCUCUGAGUGUGCACCCAUUGAAGGCAUCAGGGACGACAUAGAAGGAAUGGUUCAUGGCAGAUGUGUGUGUAACCAUAACACAAAAGGUUUGAACUGUGAGCAAUGCGGUGACUUCUACAAUGACCAGCCUUGGAGGCCAGCUGAAGGCCGCAACACACACGCUUGCAAGAAGUGUGAUUGCAGUGACCAUUCAGAUAAGUGUCACUUUGACAUGGCGGUUUAUUUGGCCACGGGAAACACGAGUGGAGGGGUGUGUGAUGACUGCCAGCACAACACAAUGGGCAGAAAUUGUGAGAUCUGCAAACCAUUCUUCUACAAAGAUCCCACAAGGCACAUAAGAGACUCCCGUGUCUGCAUAGCUUGUGAUUGUGACCCAGAUGGCUCAGAGAAUGGAGGAUUGUGUGACAGCCACACUGACCCGUCGCUCGGCAUGGUGGGAGGCCAGUGCCGUUGCAAGCCUAACGUAGAAGGGCCACGCUGCGACAAGUGCAAGACCAGCUUCUUUGGCCUGAGUGCCAACAACCCUGUGGGGUGCCAACCUUGUCGAUGUGACUCCAGAGGAACCGUGUUGGGCAGCUCCAUGUGUGACCCAUUCAGUGGAGACUGCAUCUGCAAGCGACUUGUCAUUGGACGCUUCUGUGACCAGUGUCUAUCCGAACACUGGGGGCUGAGCCACGACCUGAACGGAUGUAGAGGUUGCGAAUGUGAUAUUGGAGGGGCACUCGACAACCAAUGCUCCAUUGAUAGUGGUCAGUGUCGCUGCCGCAGUCACAUAACGGGACGCGAUUGCACGAAGGUGGAGUCUGGAUAUUUUUUUAUGGCUCUGGAUCAUUUCAUUUAUGAGGCUGAGUUUGCUCAAAUGGGGCAGGGUUGCACCUUAGAGACCAGGGAACAUCAGCCCGGUCGCCCCGCUCAGUGGACAGAUAUCGGCUUCGCUCAGGUCCCUCAAGGCGGCACUUUGGAGUUUCUGAUAAAUAACAUACCUUACUCUAUGGAAUAUGAUUUAGUCAUCCGCUACGAAUCCCAGAUGCCCCGGGACUGGGAGGAGGUGCAGAUAACCGUGAUCCGUCCAGGUUCCAUUCCCACCAGCAGCCCUUGUGGGAACACCAUCCCAGAUGACGACAGACUCACCAUCCCUCUGCCAGCCGGAGCCAGGUUUGUGGUUCUUCCUCAGCCAGUGUGUUUGGAGAGAGGUGUGACAUACUCCCUCCGCUUGGAGUUCACACGUUAUCAAGAUGCUAACAGUAUCCUCAAUGGAGCAGACUACGCUGUCAUCCUCAUAGACUCUAUUGUGCUGAUGCCGCGUCACUCCUCCAUGGAGAUGUUCAACACUGGGGAUCUUGCCUCAAACGUCAGGAAGCAGACCUUUGAGCGGUACCGGUGCCACGAAGGAGCAAGGAGUGUGAUCCGCCCACAGAUCAGUGAUACCUGUGCUAAACUCAUCAGCAGCAUGUCAGCCGUUAUUAAUGAUGGAGCCCUGGCUUGCAACUGUGACCCUCAGGGGUCCAUCAGCUCCCUUUGUGAUCCCCGUGGGGGCCAGUGUCGCUGCAGGUCCAACAUCAUUGGUCGGCGCUGUGACAAGUGUGCACCAGGAACCUACGGCUUCGGACCCUCAGGCUGCAUACCAUGCGAGUGCAGCUUAGACGGGUCGGUGACUCGACUCUGUGACAAGUACACCGGGCAGUGCCAGUGCCGUCCCGGAGCGUUUGGUCAGAGAUGCGACGGGUGUCAGGCGGGUCAUUGGGGCUUUCCCAGCUGCCGACCCUGCCACUGUAACGGACAUGCCAACCACUGUGACCAGAGAAGCGGAGUCUGCAUCAACUGCAGGGAUAACACCAGCGGGGACAGUUGUGACAGGUGUGCCAAUGGUUAUUAUGGGAACCCAGUUUUGGGUAUAUCAUCUGGUGGUCAGUGUCGUCCGUGCCCAUGUCCAGAUGGACCCCACAGUGGACGCCACUUUGCCACAUCUUGUUACCAGGACAACCGCAAUCGACAAAUUAUCUGCAACUGUAACCAAGGUUACACAGGGAUUGUUAAACGCUCCGGGGCGACCGUUUUUAAGCGCGCCCGGUGUGAAGAAUGCGCCCCAGGUUACUACGGCAACCCCUCUCAGCCGGGAGGGCGCUGCCAGCCAUGCCAGUGCAACAAUAACAUAGACAUGUCAGACAUGGACGCAUGCGACAGGCGGACGGGGGAGUGCAGGAAGUGCCUUUACAACACAGAGGGUCCCAACUGUGGCAUCUGCAGGAGCGGAUACUUUGGAGAUGCAUCCCGACGCAACUGCAGGAAGUGCAUAUGCAACUUUUUGGGCACGGAGCGCAGCCAGUGCAUGGAGCGUGAAGACUGUGUGUGCCAGCGUGCCACGGGCCAGUGUCAGUGUCUGGCAAAUGUGGUAGGUCUGUCGUGCGACCACUGCGCCCCCAACCACUGGAACCUGGCCAGUGGGAAUGGCUGUGAAGCAUGCAACUGUGAUCCCAACAACUCUGUCACAUCCUCCUGCAAUGAAUUUACAGGGCAGUGUCAAUGCCGAGAAGGGUUUGGAGGAAAGACCUGCACAGAAUGUGAGGAGAACUUCUGGGGAGACCCCCGAACGCUGUGCAGAGCGUGCGACUGUGACUGGCGUGGGAUUGAGACGUCUCAGUGCAACCGCGCGACCGGCCACUGCGUCUGCCAGCAGGGGGUGUCGGGCGUCCGCUGCGACCAGUGUGCCAGAGGCUUUGCCGGCCAGUUUCCGAACUGCCAGCCCUGUCACCAGUGCUUCGGGGACUGGGAUCGGAUAGUACAGGACCUGGCAGUACGCACCAAGGCUCUUGCGGAGCGAGCCAAUGAGAUUCAAAGCACUGGGCUUAUCGGACCUUAUGAGAAAACCUUCAAAGACCUGGAGGCGAAGCUGGCUCAAGCUCAGGCCAUCGUCAACGCAAGAAAUGCCACGACUGCAGCUGUGGCUACUCUGAUGGCUCUUAUUGAGGAUCUCAGGGCACAAAUUGGUGAGACAACCGAAGCCCUAAACCACGUGGAGGGAGAUUUAACAAUCAUCCAGGACCGAAACUCUGACGCAAGCAAGGAGCUGAACACUCUGGAGCGGGAGGCUCGAGAACUGAACCUCACAUCUGAGCAGCUAAAACAUCAACUGGAUAUUCUGAAAAACUCUAACUUCUUAGGAGCGUAUGACAGCAUCCGCAGCUCCUACAACAUGUCUCGAGAUGCUGAGCGACGGGCCAACCAGUCGACCACCACCAAGCCUAGCACGGUCAGUCAGUCGGCAGACACUCGCCGCCGCACCGAGCGCCUCAUUGCCGCGAAGAAGGACGACUUCAGUCGGAAGAACUCAGCAAACAAGCGAGCGCUGGGGGAGCUGAAGGCCCGAGCCCAGGGUCUGGACAUGAAAACGCUCAAUGAGAAGAUUUGUGGUUCUCUAGACGACGUUCCCUGCACGGAGAACCCCUGUGGAGGAGCUGGUUGCCGUGACGACGAAGGGAACCGUCACUGCGGAGGCCUGAACUGCAACGGAGCCGUGGCUGCAGCUGACAAUGCUUUGGAGCGAGGCAAACAUGCAGAGAAGGAGCUGAACAAAGCCAUGGGGGAGAUGCAGGAACUCUUCACCAAGGUAAAAGAAGCUAAGGCCAAGGCAGAGGAGGCUAAGGGUAAAGCCCAAGCUGCUCUGGAUAAAGCCAAGGCCACAAAGAACAAAGUAGAGCACUCCAACAACAACCUCAGAGACCUGAUCAAACAGAUCAGGGACUUCCUCACUCAGGAGGGAGCCGAUCCAGACAGCAUCGAGGCGGUGGCGAACCACGUGCUGCAGCUCUCCAUCCCCGCUUCACCGCUACAGAUCAGACAACUCGCCGACGAGAUCAAGGACCGCGUCCGCAGCCUGUCCAACGUGGACGCCAUCCUGCAGCAGACGCAGGAUGACGUUCAAAAGGCAGAGAAACUGCUGCUGGACGCUAAGAGGGCAAGGCAUCGUGCUGAGGGAUUGAAAAACACAGCGGAGACGGUGAAGCAGGCCUUGGUGGAUGCUAAGACAGCCCAGACUUCAGCUGAGAAAGCCAUAGCGAGUGCCAGGGCAGACAUCAGAGACACUGAGAAUCGACUGGCUGAGAUUGAGACAGAAACCUCCAACAGUGAGAAGAACCUGGAUGAUGCAAUGCGUCGCCUCGGCACACUUGAACAGGAGAUCAAUGAGCUGAAGACCAAGCGAGCCAGAAACAGCAUGGCGGCAGCCCGAGCUGAAGAGACGGCCACCAUGGCUCGGGACAAGGCAAAUGAAGCCAAGCAGAUUCUAGACGGCCAGCUGACAGACAAAUUCAACGAGGUGCAACAACGAGUGGACACCAAGGCCAAGGCCGUGCAGGACGCCAAGAAGAAGGCAGAGAGUCUCCGAGAGGAAGCCAAGGAGCUCCUCAACGAUGCUCAGAAUAAGCUACAGAAACUAGCAGAGCUGGAGAAAAACUAUGAGGAGAACCAAAGGAAGCUGGAGGGGAAGGUCCGGCAGCUGGAUGGGUUGGAGGACAAGAUGAGGAGCAUCCUCAACGACAUAAACAAACAGAUCCAGAUCUACAACACGUGCCAGUAAACGAGCCCCUCCAAAACCACAAGGAAAGACGUCCACUGCUGUUAAUUUACUUUAGAUAUCUAGAGACAUGGUGCUAGGCUUUCAAGGGAAAAUAAAUCACUCUGCAAGCCAAUGUCCAUGUGGUGAACUCAGUGUUUUCCAUUCAAAUGGAAAUAGCUAAUUCUUACAUUUAAAAAACAACAACAUAGUAACGACUAAGUAUGUUAGUUUGUCAAUGAGCACAUAUUUUACUCGCAUUUAGUUUGUGGUUAUUACUGUUGCUUUGAAUUUGGAACACUACUUUGAAUGUUUGCAUUUAAGUUUUCAAAACCAAUAUGUAUUAUUCCAGAGUUCACUAUAGAACUAAGAAUGGUAUCUUUGAAUCACCAUAACAGUUUGGUUGUAAACAGCUAUGAUGCUGUGGACCUGCUUCUGCUCCAUAGGUGCAUUACACCAUAAGACCCAUUGAAAUGGCUAAAAAAUCUUAAAUAAAAUUCAGGUCAACUCCUCCAAUACACUGAAAACAGUUUGACAUCGAAACUUCCAGAAAGAUAAUGACCUACAAUAUUUGGCUAAACCAACACAGAAGUGGAGCACCAGAUCCAAAAUCUAUUUUCCAUAAACGUCCAAGGGCACAAUCCUCCAGAAACCAUGUGGGCUAUUUACGAGAGACUGGGUACCCAUAAUCGUGCUACUUUUCAAAGACUUUUUUUCUUCACAUGGCAUUAUUUUCUCACUAAAUAAUUGUACUGGAAGUACAAGUUAAAUUUAUAAUAAUUUUUUUCAGUUUGAGGUUGAGCUGAAGUUGGAAGUGUAUUCUGAGCUGAGCUCAGCAUCAUGUUCCUGCUGCAGAAAGUAAGAUUUUAUUUUUAUCAUGAUUAAAAUUCAAAUAAUGCAAAAGAUUCUGCACAACACACUACUUUUGAGAUGAAUAGAUGGGAUUAUUCACUGGUGACAGUGAACCUAAAAAAAAGACAGUGCAGUCAAAACUGUUUAUAGACCUACUGGUGGUCAUUUAUAUAAAACAUUGUUGGCAACACACCAUGGCCAUUUGAAAAGCUUUCCAGUACUUCAACAAACAGGAUAAAAACAAACAGGAUAAAUUUAAAUGAAAACAGAUUUAAAACGACAAGUAUUCAAUUCCAUUCAUGUCAGAAAUACUUUAUUAAUCCCAUUGGGAAAUUAAAUGUUGUAACUCAUUCAUUUAGAUUAUUCUAAGAGUUAUUGAAGAUGGUGAUGGCUGUUGGCAGGAAAGAUCUUCUGUAGCAGUCUGUACUGCACUGAAUCUGAAAAAGCCUCUGACUGAAUAUGUUCUGCCUUGCCAAGACAGUAUUGUGAAGAGGAUGGUCAGAGUUAUUCAUAAUUUUCUUGAUCCUAUGAAGAAUCCUUCUUUACAUAAUAAUCUCCAGAGGUUCCACAGUCGUCCCCAGAACAGAACCAGAACAGAACCAGGCUUCUUCUUCAGGCUGUUGAGCCUUUUUAGGUCCCUGGCUCUGAUGCUGCUGCCCCAACAGUUGAUGGGAGAAAAGAUUCCGCUCUCAACAACAGACUUAUAGAAGAUCUGCAGCAUCAUGCUGCAAACCUUGAAGGGUGUUGACGUCCUCAAGAAGUCCGGUCUGCUCUGUCUGUUUGUAUAGACGGCUUUACUGUUGCAUCUCCAGUCCAGUCUGUUGUCAAGGUGAACACCGAGGUAUUUAUAUUCCUCAACUACCUCCACUUCUUCUUCCAUGAUGGAAAUAGGGUUUGACCUGAUCUUGUUCCUCAUGAAAUCAACAAUCAUCUCUGUUUUGUUUGCAUUUAAGAUGAGAUGAUUGUUCCCACACCAGGUCACAAAGUGGUCCAACACAUCUCUACUCAGCUUCUCGUCUAUCUCUGAUACUCCCAACAACUGCAGAGUUGACUUAUCUAUAUAUUGUCCUUAGGUGUGUGUGUGUGUGUGUAUGGUUGUUUGACUUGUGUGUUUCUGUGUUUCCUGCGAUGGACAGGUGACCUGUUCAGGGUGGACUCGCCUGUCGCUAAGCAAUGGAUGGAUGAAAUAUGGUCAACAUCAACCUGACAUUGUUUAAAAAUGUUUGCAAAUGUAACAUUAGAUAGAACAUUUACAUAGUAUAAUGGAGCAUGUGACCCUUAAGCAUAAAGGUUGAAGCUGUUUUUAAAAUAGCCUGGAAUUUAAAAAGAAAAAAAAAAUCCAACCCCAUUAGACACUGAAUGUUUCUCACAUACUGUAUUUUUGUGACGGAACAAGCUAGACCUGCAGUUACUGAUCUCUGAUACUGAAGUGAAAGUAGAGAAAUACUGGUUUUAAUAGUGCCUUAUGCUGUCAGUAUUGUGGACAUACAGUAUAUAUAUUGGCAUUGUGCAUGUGAGUUUGAGUUUUGCAAAAUGUGACUAGUGCAAAAUUCUUUCUUUUUUUUUUUUUUACAUAUUUCAGUAACAAUGACUGGUCAUUGGCAAUGGAAACACCAAAGGUACUUUAAGUUUUACAGUUUUCUGAAUAAAGAUGAAUAUGACGU